AUGGCAAGUGAAACAAACUCUGUGGGCUCCUACUUGACCUCCCAAGCAAGAAGUUCUAAAAUAGAUGACAACUACUUGAAGGAAUUAAAUGAGGAUUUAGAGCUAAGGAAGCAGGAACUCCUGGAAAUGCUAAAACCUGUAGAAGAUGAGAACCCUCUCUUAUUACAGAAGUUAAUGUUUAACUUGGAAGAAAAACAAAAAAGUCUGCAAAUCAUGAGGCAAAUCUUGGCAAAGAAGGAGAGUGAUAACUCCUCAGUCACGGAGCUCAUUAAGGAAGCAGAGGAGAUGAAGCAAAAUCUGGAAAGGAAAAACAUGAUGCUUCGGAAUGAAAUGGAGAUGCUAUGGAACAAGACAUCUGACAAAGAAGAAAUGAAUAAUCAGCAAAAAUCACCACAGAUAAAAAGAAAGGAAAACUUGAAAGAUGAAAAGGCUCUCAAAUUUCCCAUUUCACUGAGAAAGACCAAGAAUGAAUUGGAGACAUCAAAUUCAGAGAAAGCAAAGUAUGAUUUUCAUGGCAAAGUGAUUGAGCUGAAAAUUGAAGAGUUAAAGAACUACCAGAAGGUAAAAGACCAGAAAGUAUCACUGUAUUUAGAGGAGAAAGUGGAGCCUAAACAAGCAUUCUUGAUUCUCCCUGGGUCCCAAGAAAUCCGGGUGAGGAAAGAAGAUUAUAAAACGCUGAGGGGCAGAGCGUUCCCAGUCACCUCCAGGUUCCUCGGCGCCCGCAGGGCGACGGGCAGCAGCUCCGGGAAGGCUGCGAGGACCCACCUCUCAGGAGGGUUUCUCAAGCCGGCUACAACAGAAGCACCCGCGGCCCCCAGAACGCCGGCCGGAGAGGCUGACGACCGUCGUCUGAGACGUCCGGCUCGGCAGGGGAUUGCUUCUGUCUGGGACGCGACAGAACCAGCAUUCGUGUGUCGCGCGCACCCGCGCCGCGUCCUCUCGGCCAAUCGGGCGCUACUCGCGCGCCUGGGAGCGUUCCCCGGCCCAUCCCGGCCCGGGAGCCCCCCGCGCCUUCCCGCUUCCAACUACUCGGCGACCGAGCCCUUGGCUCCUCCCUUUUUCCACUAG